AUGUUUUCUAUGCGAAUUGUUAACAGCGAUUUCUACAUCGCCGACCCAGUUCCAGAACUCGAUGUUUGUAACUCCAAAUUUCGCGAGGAUACUUCGACAACUGUAAAAACCAAGGUUCCAGUUAUUCGUAUUUAUGGAGCUACUCCAAGAGGUCAAAAAACAUGUCUCCACGUCCACGGUAUCUUCCCUUACAUUUACGUUCCGUACGAUGGAACACAGCCGACAGACAAGUACAUUAAACAGUUUGCAACUAGUGUGGACUUUGCAGUACAGGUUGCUCUCGGAAAAGCGUCUUCUUCUCGUCGGCAUGUCUAUGAAAUCACUGUUGUGAAAGGAACGUAAGUAUAAAAAGUGUACACAGGAUUACCGUGUCCUUUUCAUUUAUUACUGGUGUGUAGUCUUGGCUCGACCUUCUGCACCUCAGUAUGUAUUUUCUCCACACAGUUCUAAACACAUUCCCUAAGAUGCUGACAAGGAGAAUUUGUUUCAAAAUCAGGAUCUUCCUUAGUUAAUGAUCAUUUUCAUUAUUCUCAUAACCUAAUGUUUGAUUCAGGGGUGAUAUUGUUAGGAGAAAUUAGAAGCUAGUCAUUCUAAGGGGUUUAAGGCUAAAUUAAUUGAUUAAUGGUGAGGUGUCAUGUGGGCCCUACACUCUCCUGCCUUGGACUUGUUACCCUAUGUUGUGAAAAAAAAUUGGUGAUUUAAAAUAUCCUAACAACAUAACCUGUUGCUACUUUUUAAUGAGAUGCUAGCAUUAGACCUGUCUUAGUAAAUUCUGAGCCAAGUUGGUUAUAGUUUACACAGUGAGGCAAGUAUAUGAAUUAUUCUCAUUUUAUUCUUUUUAUUUUACUCCUUACACUCAACAAUUUUUUUAGUUUGAAAGGUGUGCAAUAGGGUUAAAAUUAAGGUAACAAGGUGGCCCCAUAGAUACAGUUUCCUUUUAUGGUAGUAUGGAAGAAUUUUCUCAAGAUCCCUGUAUGAAACUUAGAGAAAUGGGGCAGCCACCCCUAUAAAGAUAGCCAGUUGGCCAUUUGACCCCUAAGAGUGACUAGCAUCUGAUAUCUCCUUUCAAUAUCACAGCUGAAUUACACUAAAAGGUCACAAGAAUGAAGGAAAUACAUACAUACAUACAUACAUGACCUUUAUUUAAGUGCCUAAUCGUUCUAGUGCCUAUUGGCACUAAUUGGGGACACCUUUAAGACUAAAAAAUCUAAUUAAAAACUAUGAAUCUUAAAAGCAGGAAAAUAACAUUAUUCAGACUAAGUACUCUUCUACACUUUAAAACUAAGUUACGAUUUUACUCUAUAACACUUUGUAGCAGGGUGCUGAAUUCACAAUGUGAUAUAUGAGCUCGGACACUAAAAAUGUAUAAAUAUGCGUACGUCAAGUUAACCUAAGCAUAAGCGACAUUCGCUCCCACAUCCUUCGAGAAAUAAUGUUACAUACUUCUUACGUAUAGUUGUCCUAAAAGUUGCCAAAGUUCCAAUAUUUCUCUCUUCCUUGGAACUUUGACAACUUUUCAAGGAAGAGAGAAAUAUUGCCGAAGUUCCAAGGAAGAGAGAAAUAUUGGAACUUUGGCAACUUUUAUAAUUUUAUAAUUAAUAAUUUUAAUAAUUUUAUAAUUAAUACAACUUUUAUUUUUAUAUUAAAUAAUCACCAACUAAAGGAGCUCCUGAUUGUUAAACAAAUUCUCCUUGUCAGCACCCUAGGAAAUGUAUAGAGAACAGUAUGGAGAAUAUGCAUACUGAUGUUAGGGUGUGAAGGGUUAAAAUAUGAAGUCAGAUGCCCUUCGUACCACUUGGAAUAAAGCAGAUUGCUGAAUGAUUGUCAUUGUAAUUUUCUGUUUCUUGAUUGGGAUUCAGUAUCAUUAAACACUAUGCUGGGGCUCAUCCCAACAUUAAAAUUUAAUUAAAAUUCAUCUUUGCAUUUUAGACCUUACUAUGGUUACCAUGAAGGUGAGAGAGAUUUCUUGAAGAUUGUCCUGUACAAUCCAUUCUUGGUUACACGGUAAGACAACCUUAAAGUCAGUUAACAUGAAGCUAAGCAACAGUACUCUAGAGAAAAAAUUGUCUUUUCAAAAUGCAAAUUUACUUGUAAACCUUUCUAUUUGGAGACGUGCCUUGUUGGUCUUUUGCAUACCUGUUCUUCUGCCUAUUCACAUGUAUCUGUAAAAUGUCUGAUCUUAUUAUAUGCUAAGCCUGGUUAUUAACAAAGUUGCUAAUUCAAGUCUCAUAUCAUUAGUAGUAUUGCCGAUUAUGCUGUGUUCAAUUUACAGGAUUGUCAGCCUUCUUCAGAAUGGAGCAAUCAUGAAUAAAGUAUUUCAACCUCAUGAAGCUCAUGUUCCAUAUAUGUUGCAGGUAAUGUGACAUCAUGCAUCUUGAGUAUACUUUACAUGCCUAGUGUUACUUUAUAUGUUAGCUGUGUCAUGAAAAGUUACUGAAAAUAAUUUUCCAUUUAGUUUUUUAUGGACUACAACCUUUAUGGAAUGAACCUGAUUCAUGCCUCUGGUGUCAAAUUCAGGGCCCCUGUCAGGCUCUUAGCAGGUAUGUAUGUUAAACACAAAACAAGACUUUUUCAGCUUGCUCUCAAUUUUGAUAAGCCCCAAUGGCUAGAAAUAAAUUGGUUAGGCAGAAAGAUUGACGUUUAUUUUAUUUUAUUUUUUUAAGGGGAAGCUGAAACAAUUCCUUCUCCAUCUAGCAAGAAAGCAACAUCACCUCUACCAACUCAGACAUAUUCCUCACCUCUAACUCAAGUAUGGGAUGAAGAAACUGUAUCCAAGUGAGGCAUACUUUAAUAAUCAUCACUAUCAUUUCUGUUUCCAGUUGUACAUCUAUGGGGUUGUGAUUAAAAGUUGGAAGGCGGCUGAAGUCUACUGGAAGUUGGACCAUUUUGUGCCUGCUUUAUUGUAAACUGUGAUCAAAGACACAAAAUAAGUAUUUUUUAACUGAUUCCAACACCAAUGUCUAGCUCACAAAAGCUACAUGUACUCAAAUAUGCCCCAGAAUGCUGGAAAUCAUGUUCUAGAGAGUUUCAAUUUUCAAACUUAUCCGGUGAACUAUCCCCUUAAGACCCCUAGAGGGGCAAGUUACUUUGUUACGUGACAUGCUUGCUAUGAAAGCAUAGUUCAGUUUAGUCACCAACUCAGUUCUAAUUACACACCUAGUGCAAUUUCUUAUGACAACCCUGCUUCCAUCUCUUGCAACCACCAUUGUAAUCUAGCCCCUACUUUUCCAAUGAAAAACUGCGUCAAUAGCUACUUGCUCAAUGAUGGCAAAAAUGAAACUAUGGGAGGCAUUACCUUUGUCAUCACUGUAGUACUCAACAACUUCAAAACCUGUUUCCAAAGAGUUGAAAACAAGAAAAUUGUGUCAUAUUAGCUCAUCUCAAUUUCUCUAAACACAAUAUAAUUUUAUUUACUUACUAAGUACUGGUAUGUUUGUUCUAGGGACUUGGUUUUGGGGUCCAAUAUUGAAAGACUGAGCUUCUGUGAAUUGGAGGCUGACAUGCUGGCUUCUGACAUCCUUAACAAGCUGGAGAUAGGAGGUAUUAUCAACUCAUGGAGAUUAACACAGUAUCCCCCACCACCCUAACAGACAAAUAUUACUUUUGUUCUCACAGUCAACAUUGGCUCUAAUCCUGGAUUAGCAGCCAUUUGGGAAGAUGAACAGCAACGAAGAAGAGAGGCAAAUGAGUCUUCUCACAUCACUGCCCCACCAUCAGAUGGUGAGAAUGUAUGAUUUGUAUUUAUGUUAAUAUACUUGUCAGUUAAUGCAUAACCAAAAAAAGCAAAUUUAAAGCAGUAGCUCAGAACAUUUGUUAGUGUCUGCUUAACCUUUGCAUACCUUUAAUUCUUUUCAGAGAGACACCUUUUCCAGGAAAAUGAGACAGAAAAGAAUUUCAAGGAAAGAAUCAAAGAAAUUAUAAAUGAACGAGAUGUGCUGAUGUAAGCAUAGCUUACUAGCUACAUUUCAAUAAUGUAAUAAUUUCAUUUUGGGAGAUGCAUUGAUAUAUUGGAAAGCCCACAGGACUCUUGAUCAAGUCAGAUUUGGAUGUAAACUUUUACUUCAUGUUGUUGUUUUUUUUUAGAUUCUUACUGUGGUCUUAUACCAUAUCCUAUACCAGAAGAUAAUCUUUUGACACCUAACAAAGACUAGCAUUUAAUUUCUCUUUACAACAUCAUUCCUGAAUCACACACUAAGGUCACGAGAAUAAAAGAAAUGAUCACUAACAGAAGGAACUCUUGAUUGCAAAACAAUUUCUUCAUGUCACUACCUUUGGAAAUGUAUAGAGAACAGUAUGGAGAAUAUGCAUACUGAUGUUAGGGUGUAGAUGGUCAACUGCACAAGAGUGAUUCCAUCCUAUAGCAUCAAGCUUUAUGACAAUUUUGUCAGCACUUACCACAAUGUUGCAGACAGUUUUUAAGAGUGUAUUAUAGGAGUUUGUUGAAAACAGUGUGCAUUUAUAAGCUGCCAUUCAACUGUCAGCCUUAAUUUUGACAAUUUUAAGUUUGACAGUUUGAUUUAAUGUUGUUGAUUCAAUCAGACAAAGUCAAAUGGGGAAACUAGGACGAGAAGCAUUAUCUCCAAAAGAACUUGCCUCAUUUCAAGACUCCAUCUCAUCAAUUGCUGCAUCUCAGAAGAAUGCAGCUCUCAACAAUGAUUCUUUAGAUGCAGAUGCUGUGCUACAGUUGCUGUCUCAACAGGUUGAUGAAUCAGUAACAGCUGCAGAAUCAUCUCAAGGUAACUACUAGGAUGCAUGUGAUAACCAGUACAUGAUGUACCAGUACCUUGCCAGCUGUUAAAGUUACUUUUGAUGGACUUAGGGUGUUACUAAUGAGAUCUUGUUGUAAUUUUGGUCAAUUUGUAGUAAUCAUUGAUGAAGACGAACCUGUUGUAAAUCAGAGUAUUGUUCAUGAAGUGGUAGAAGCAUCACAGAGGUCUUUUUCACAGGAACUUUGUAAGUGUAAUUUUUCUUAAGAAAUAUUUUGUAACAAUAUGAUACCAUGUCGAUAAAAGUUGGUAGAGACCCCUCAAGCUGGGGACAUUUGGUACUGUAGGACCGUUGGGACGUCCGUCAGCACAAGAUAUUACUCUUAUACUAACAUUAUAAGUAGUCCAUCAUUUGUUAAUUCAUAAUAAUGUAACUACUGGCGACUUCAUCUUAGGCUUACUGUUAUUAACCCUUUAACUCCCAGAUCAAAUUUGUAAUUCUCUUUAAUGUCAAGCAUACAAUCUUUAUAAUGUUAGUUCUGAGAAUUUAAAAUUGGAUCAACUAAUUAUCCCCAAAUUGAUAUAUUUCUUUAUUCUCACCACUUAUAUGCUUGAUAUUGUAUUGAUAUUGUUAGGAGAUAUUCUGUCUUCAUCACUCAUGGGAGUUAAAGGGUUAAUGCCAUUGCAAAAAAGGUCUGAAAAUAUUCAGAUGAGUUCUGAACCCCUGCCCUUCCUCUCCUAUUCGGACACCUUUACCAACUGAGCUUAGAAGUCUAGAAGAGACUUAACUAAACUGGCAAAGAAUGUUGUUUAUACUGUUUGUCAAUUAAAACUCUUGUAGCUUCUAGUUUGGAUCAAGAGAUGGUCAACAUCUUGGCAAGUUUAGCUGAGGAACCCAGUCAGCCGUGUGCCAGCCAGAAAGCUCCACUAAGUCAAAGUGUCAUUUUGGAUCAAGGUACGAUUAAAACUGCACCAAUUUAAAUAAAAACGAGUUUUGGCGCGUUUCCACUGAAUGUAGAGCCAAAGCAGAUAUGUGAUAACAUCUCCCAAUCGGUGUAAUUGUUAAAUAAUUCAAGGAACAAUUGACAGAAUGAAGAAUUGGCCAAUUACUUGCCUGAAGCGCGGAAAAAAUGAGUGACCAAGUCACUGAUUGGUUUCAGUUUUGCGUCUGAUUGGUUUAGAGGAUGGUGUGAAUUUAUUAGACCAGUCAUGGAGAGAAGGAAAGAGAAAGUAGAAAAAACUCACACCCCUUUCAAUGCGCCACUGAAAUUGCACUUUCGGCUGCGUUAGAUUAGCGUCUAAGUUUUGCCCAGUGUGAAUAUCUGUACUCAAACAUAACAAUCUGAAAUUUUUCGGGCAGGAGAUGUGCCGUGUGACGAGGAAGCUAAUGAGGAUGAGGAACUUAGUGAGUCGGAGGAGUCUAUUAUGAUGUCACAGAAGGUCUGGGACGAUAUUGAGCCGGCACUCUCGGCGGAGACUGAUGAUGACCAAGGCGAUGUACAAGACGGUGACAAUCAGUAUGACAGGUGGAACUCUCUGAUAUUGUCUCUAAGCUCCAAAUAACACUACUUCAGUUAUCAUGCAAUUCCUAAGCCAAAAAAGAUCUCGAUUGUUUUAAUUCUGCUACUCCGAGACCCUAUAGGGGUCUUGCUCAGUGUUUGGCUCUACAGCGAACAACCGCCGAUCAGAUAAAUGAAGAAUACAUCUUUUAUCUUCCCUCCCAGGCCCUCUCAGUAUGACAUGGAAGGAAUGAUGGACACAUGGAUUGGAUCGUUCUUGGGUGGAGACAUUCCCCAGUUAGACGGGGCCGCAGAUGAAGAGUCUGACAGAAAAGAAGACUUCAAAAUACGGCGGGAAAAGAGUACAAAAGUCAAAACUAAGAAGAGUUUUAAUUCGGAUGAUAAGAUAUCAAGGGAUGUAAUUCAAAACUCAACAUUAAAUCUCAUAUCUUCUUGGAGAAAUGAAAAACACGACAAAAACGAGGAGAGCGAAGAGUCUUGUGGCGUAAAUGUUUGGCCAAACGAAAGACUGGCAGUUCGUAUGUAUUCGAGAAAGAGUAUGUCUGUUCCAAAAAAUCGAAAGACUCCAUCGCUGAACGUGGAAAUGGUUGCAAUGAAUUGUGACGAAGACAAACAGCAGGAGAAAAGCAGAGAUGAGUUUAAGUUGUUUCUCAGUGAUUCCAGUGAUUCUGAAAGUGAAACGAUCAAGGAGAGGAAUGUAGGAUCCAAACAAAAUGAAAUGAUUGUGUAUCCUCAGAUGAGACAAAUCCAGGAAGAGCAUAAAUCAAGCAGAUCAGAAACUUCUACUUCUCGUAUAGGAACGUCGCGCGAGAGUUGUACUUCAGUUAUAACCAAAUAUUUUCACAGCCCUGUUAAAAACCCUGAAUGCUCGAAAAGGCAAGACGGGUUACACUCGCGCUCUGAGGGAAAGUCUUCAGCACCAUUUGAACUCUCUGGGGGAGAAGUGUUACCUCAGUGUUCCAAACAACAAGAAUUAAACUUGCGUAAGAGUUCUCUUCGUAAAAGAAAGUUGACAGAGGUUGACCAGAAGGAACAUAAACUUGGUAAAGGGGUAGUUACACGGAGAGCAAGCAAGAAAUUGGAUGUGCUGGCAUCGCUGGGUGUUGUUAGUGACGCCAUGAAGGAUUUGACAGUGUCGCUGCAAGAUAUCUCUCAUACGAGAACACUGAGCUCGAAGCUUAGUGAGGCCAAACAACGUUUGAGGAAAAUGAAUGAGGAGUAUACAGCUGUAAAGGGGAGGUUAAACAGCCCCAUUAGAGAACAGAAACCACUUGUAAAUCGAUCGCCUCAGCUGAGAAAGAGUGGAAAGUCCCCUUUGUCGAGGGCGAAAAGGUCUCCGAGGAUAAAAGAAGAAAGAUCGAAGAGGUAUGGAGUGAUACCUGUUAUGAUUGAAAAGUCGCCCAAAAAGAGUCAAGUUGUGAUUGACAAUCUGGUCCCUGAUACCAAUCGUCCGCUUACGGAGACUUCAUCUCCAAAUCCUUAUUCUGCACGGAAUUUAGGCCCACAUGCCUGCGAUUAUACCGAUCCUAAUAUUAAUUGCGGGACGGGACAAGCCUCGUCCCGAAACAGAGCGCAAGUUAUGGAACUUCUGUCCUCUCAGUCAACUACUUCUACAGUAGAUAGCAUGGAAACAUCCUGUAUACCCUCUGUCUCGUCCCGUGCACUGAACCUUAAAUCUGAUAGUAAGCUUAGAGGAAAGUCUCGCAAUGAAACGAGACAAGUUUUGUCCCUGCGAAAGAGAGGGCUGAAGCGAAAGCGUAUGAUAGACACAGGGAAAAAAGAAAUGAAGCCAAAACCAUCGAAAGACACGUCUGGUAUAAGAAAGAAAAGAAAGCUCUCUUUUACACUCAGCAAAACAGAUCAAAUUUGUCUUGAUGAUAGGAACGGAUCUGACAUGGAAACCUCGGUGACAUCCGCAGAAAAUUGUUCCGUCAAAGACUGCAAAUCCGUUAGCGAGACAGACGACUUUAUCUGUGAGAUUCAAAGUGACAAUGAAAAUAACAGUAGUUUUUUUCGCUCUGAAGCUAAAACUAAAUUUGCUCCAAACACUGGUUUGUUGGAAGGCAUUACCUGUAUACCAGCCAGUCCCAUUGACUCUGACUCGAACGGUGAUUCUGUGAGUCACGCUGAAUCGUCAACGGCCUCUACUGAGUUGAAACCUCUUACGUUGCCGGCUCCAUCUUGCAGUAAAUUCAAUGAUUCUGCAGAUUCGUCUGUGUCUAGUGAAAAUCGGGGCGGAGCGUUUGAUAACGCGUGUGACAACUUAAAUGGCUCACUACUUUUAUCUCAGGAACUGUUUCCAAAAGAAAGAGAUACGGAGUUAUUAGCUAAUGCACUUUUUAACAUGUCUCUUCCGUCGCCUUUGCCAUUAAUUCACGAAUGUUAUUCCCCUCCAUGUCCGUCUUCGCCAUCUGACGCCAAUCGACUUUCACUGAAUCAACUUAAAAGUGAAGGGAACCUGGUGAAACAACAGCAAUUUUUCACUGUAAAUAGCGACGUUGUUAACGAAGACGAAGACAGCGUUUUAGGAGACGGCGGAAUAUCUGCAUCCUCUCUGAGCAAAGUUAAUCGCACUGAAUAUCGUAGCACGGCGGAUGGUCCGUCGCGCGCAAAGUUGUCGCUCCUAGAAUCUGGUCCUCAACUCGGAGAGACACAAACUACAUUUGAAAGUACUUUCGUGUUGCAUAACGACCCGCAAGCGUGUAGACAUGUUGAAAAUAGCUACAAUUGCUCAAAUGAAGUUGAUCUGGAAAUCGUUGGGGAAUCGUACAAAAUCCGUGUGAAGAACAGCGAGUCGAAUGCCAUUUCCUCAGUAGAAGGAAAUGUAACAAGGAAAGAAAAGGAUUGCAUAUCAAAUUUAGGGUCGACAGUUCCCGAAGAAAACUCAACUGAAAGUACUACUAACCGUGUUACAUGGUCAAAUACAUCAGUUGCUGAGUCAAGAGGACUAGAAGCAAAAAGAACGCUUCUGCUGCGAGCACGCGCGCCUGACUUUGUUGAAGCAGGAGAAAAAGACUUUGACCCAGGAGAGUUUGUGUUGAGGAUGAAUGUGGCAGAGAACAGUUCGAAUGAAUUCCAGCCAGUAGAACAGUGUAAUCCGCAAAACGAAGAAAUGGAAAUUUGCGUGGAGGUCGAUGGUAGAGAUAGACCAUUAAGCACAGGAAACCCACUUAAUUGUCACUUUGCCGCUGAACUGCAUGCAAAACCGGGCGGAAUAUACAAAAGCAGCAAGGACAGUGCAAAUGCUCCACGGAGUGUCUCUGAUAGUUUGUCACUUGAAUCAUCUAAGAGCGACAGCUUCAAGUGUAAAAAUAUUAUUUCCAUUGAACCUUUAAAGCGGCCACCUUCAUCUGAAGAACUUUUAAACUCGCUCAAGGAUUAUGGGCUUCCUCAGUGCAGAUAUCAACGGCCUUUUUGCAGUGACCCAGAUGACGUCCCGUCGUGCCCUAGGUUAGUCACGCGGGUUUCCUUAUAUUUUCAACGCUUCCAGCGGCCAGCACAAGAGAUUUACUGAAUGAGUUCUGCUCGCCGGAUCACGCCUGGCGUGAAUUCCUUCCAAAAUUCCUAUAGCAGUUGAAUUAACAGUCACCAGAAAUCUUGUGAAAUACUUGUUAGAACUUUAACAAAUAAGAAAGUAUCGAUUCAUUACGUUUUCUUUUUUUUUCUUUUUUUCAGGGAAAUAGGCGGACGAAUUUUGAGAAUCGAAUCAAGAAAGGUUAGCUCAAAGACGUUUAUCAUCGUCAUCAUCAUCAAAUAUUACUAGUAUUGUUGUUAUUAUUAUCUGCAUUUUCAUCAUUAUUAUUAGAAUCAGUAUUUUAAAAAAAUUAGUUGAAAGCAUCUAGCCAGCGGGGAUGGUAAGAUUUCUCCUGGUACACGAGGCCUUGACUAUCGGAAAUAUCAACUUUUCACUGCUUUUGUGACCGUUUUGUGAUGCAUAACCGCUGUAAAGUGUAAACUUUUUUUCAAUUCAGAAAAAUUUUCUUUGUCUUAUUUAAUCUUUUAAGUAAAAAAUAUCUUUCUAAUGGGUAGUUCUCUCCACUUCGCCAAAAUUUGUGAGAGCUUUCCCUUAGGUUAGUGAGUAAUACUACAAAAACAUCUCCUAACCAGACCUAUUUCAAAUUUUUUCUUGAAGGUUUCAAGCCUUCCAGAGUUUGAAUCGGCAGGUUCUUUGCAAGGGUUGAAACACUGGAGAUUUGUGUUAUCAUCAGCUCGCGAAUUUAGCCUUCGUGAUCUUGGCCAAACCACCGAGGCUGAAGCAGACUUUGAAAAAAAUGUCCAGCUGAAGAUUGCGUUAAUGGGAGACGGAGAUGUAGUGGUAACACCAUGUCGAGGCCCGCCAACACCUCAGGCUGUUAAGGCCUGGGCACGAGACAAAAUGGCCCAACGUAAACGGGGAACGUCUUUGAAAAAAGCGGAACAAAAACAGGAGACAUCGCAAGAUGGAAAUUUGGAGAAAGUUGUGACUAAACAGUUAUCAAAUCAAACUAAAACAGUAGCAGACGAUUCAAAAACUUUAAAAUUCGAACUUAAUCAAGUCAUACCGAAAUCAUCUCCGCCAAAAAUUCCUCUAGAUAAAAUCUCCACCGGGUCAGGCGGGCUCGUUUUAAAAGAUCAUGUUAGUGUUCCUGUACAAAAGCAAAAGGUGCUUGAUGGUAUUGAUAGAAAUAAAAAGACAGAUGUCAUAGAUCUGUCCGAUUCUUCAAGUCCUGCCGAAGUAACUAGUCCCGGCAGCUUGUUCUCGCCAAACGAGGAGAAAAUGUGUACACUAGCGUCAAGUUUUACACAAAAUGGAAAACACAAUCUAUGCGAAAUUUCAGGAACGCAACCAAUAACUAUUAAUAGGAGCCUGGGGUUUGCUGUUUACGAUGAAAAACUUCAUCAAGCUGACAAUGUUACUACAGAAACAAACUCGCCGCCUAAUGUAGUCACGCAAUGCAAGGCAGGCACGCCGCCAUCAAGAAUUUCUCCAGAAGGUACUCCACAGUUCAGUCCUCUUACCAUAAAGCAACUAUUAUCGCCAACAUUCCAAACUCAAGAUUUCACCUUUUCCGCGCCUCAUCACAGCACCCCGGUGGCUACAAAACUUGUCUACGGCCUCCAGUCACCCCGCUGUACUCCAAUCUCAGCCGCUACUAAUGUGAAGAGUCUGGAAACUAGUCCCCAGAAUCCUGUGAAGAGUAGUACCGGUCACCAGGCCUCCUCAGACCAGACACCUUCUCUACGGCAGCAACUGCUGGCUAGCCAAUUCAAGGUAUCUCUUUUUCUUAACUUUUCUUUGUGAUCAAUUCUUCUGGAAAAUUAUUUUAUUCUUCGUUGCAUUUCAUUUUCUUGUAGCUCGUUACACCUGGCUCCAAACCAAGGUGCCAUUUUCCAUGGAGCUCACAAAUCGACGGUCCUUCUCCCAACAAUACCUACGGGUUCAAGGUUUCUCAGAUCAACCUCAAGGACACCAAGGCCCUCCACGAGGUAAAAGCCACCAUAAAGUUAGGCUGUGGUUUUGGUUUGAUACUAUCUUUGUCUGGAGUUCCAAAGGAGUGAAAUCUUAUCGAGGAUAUCUAAGAGCUUUCUCACUGUUAGAGCAGGUUAAAUUUUACUUGCAUCUCCUUUGAAAUCUGCGUUAACCCUUUAGUGACUGAUUUCUGAUUUCUCCGUACAGUAUCACUAUUGAAUCAAAUAUAUAUGUCAUGAGAAUAAAGGAAAUGAUCACCUAUUUCAAGACGCUCCUGAUUGUCAAAUUCUCCUCGUCAGUGCUAUUGGAAACGUGAAGAGAAAAGUGUGGAGAAUUUAGAUGUUAAUGUUUAGGUGUAAAGGAUUAACCUUCUCCAUCCUAAAACAUCCUUCUUGGUUUUGUUUUAUCUAAGAUACGCAUAGUCUGAAUAUUUUAUCACUCACAAUAAUGUAAAAGCUUAGAAAGGUUAUUGUUGCGAUUCACUUAUGUACGUGUGUAGAAUUUUGUCAUUCUGCACCUUUUUGAUAGAGAACGUUUAGAUAUUUACGGGCUUUCUCGUAUUGCUUUAAAUUUUAUUAUGUGUGAUGACAUUACAAGGACACUGAAAGAAUAAUUGUUUGUUUUGUAGGUACAGCAUUUGACACUGUUUAGUUUAGAGCUUCAUGUAAGAACAAGGCGUGACAUGAGACCAGAUCCUGAAUUUGACCCUAUUUGCGCGAUUUUCUACUACAUCCAAACUGACACUCCUCUUCCUUCUGGAAAAAACAGAGUUACUGGAAUCAUCUGCGUGGACCCAGAAUCUGCCAAGAUUUGCAGCUGCACAACAGGUGAGUGUAAUAUUCCGUAAAAGGUGAUUACCCUACCUAUAUACAACGAAUGCAACAAAGUUGUAACGUGGGUGCCAUUUGCAACAAAGAUCACUGAAGCUUGAAAACAUCCUAAAAUUACGAAUAUUCCAAAUCUAUAGCUUUAAAAGUUUUAGAUACUGGCAAUUUACUUAAGUCACAAUAACAUUAACUAGCAUCACCUGAGAAUUGGGAAAGUGUUUUCCCUCCUAGAAAACAAAGAAGCAAGUAUUCCGAUCACCAACAACACAACACCAGUUUCGCCGUCAAACCAGACGAUAGUAUCGACCUCAUCAAGAGCUACACAGAACACCAAGGCGCCUCAUCUGAGAUCUUUAUUAUCUCGGUCAGGAAUCACAGAUCAUGAUAUCCAAUAUGUAGCCGAGGAGAAGGAUCUCUUCCCUGCUUUGAUCAGAAUCAUCCGCAGAUGGGACCCUGACAUUUUGAUAGGUUUCGAGAUACAAAUGUUCUCUUGGGGAUUUCUUUUGGAGAGGGCGCUGGUCUUCGAGAUCGACUUUUGUAGUUGGUUAUCACGCGUGAAAGGUUCGUCUUCUGACUGUAAUAUGGACGCUGAGAAAGACGUCUGGGGUGCUGCGCACACCUCUGAGUUUAAGAUCGCUGGACGCAUCAUUUUAAACGUCUGGAGGCUCAUGAGACACGAGGUAAUGCGGGGUAGUAAUAAAAACAAAUAAAGCCAACUUAACACUGCUGAAACAAUUUUAGCUGCAUAUAUAUAUUUUCACUCUUUCCGCUCAUUCUCCGUGUCGGCACCUCAGGAAAUGUAUAGAGAACAUUAUGAAGAACAAGAGUACUAAUUUUAGGGUUUAAAUGGUUAACUAAACCAUUUAUUUCUUAGGCAGCCCUGAAUAGCUACUCAUUUGAGAACAUAGCAUUUCACGUUCUUCACGAACGAAUACCGCUGUACUCGUUUCGCACGCUGUCGGACUGGUGGGAUCAGCGAACGUCAUUAAACCGCUGGAGGACCGUCGAUCAUUACGUUACGCGUUGCCGUUGUAACGUUAGGAUUCUGGAAUCCUUGGAUUUCAUUGGUCGAACCAGUGAAUUGGCAAGGCUUUUUGGGAUCUUGUUCUUCUCCGUCAUAUCUCGUGGAUCGCAGGUAUUUUGCAACAAAUGAGGUUCUAUGCAUGUGAAUACCUGUCAAAACAAGUAAGUAAGUUCAUAAGCGUGGCAAGACGUGUUGGCCUGAUGGUCAGUGCGCUGAACUCUGGUUCGAAAUGCUGGGAGGUAACCUAGCAAUGGAAUGGUGUCCCAUCCAGGGGGGAGAAGUAAUACGCUUAGUAGCUUCAUGCUAUGGAAACCGGGAUAAGCUCCGGCAGGAUGGGUCACUCGGCCCUAGUGCAGUACAGACUUAACCUACACAAACAAACAAACAAACAAACAGCCACCGGAAAAAAAAGAAAAAAAAGGGGCUAAAUCUCGAGGUUAGAAUAUACAAAGUUGCUAUGCACUAGUUUAAGCCCAGAGCUUUAAACGUGAAUUAGAUUUCUUCUUCGAUAGUAGAACAAAUGCAGUAACUCAUACUAGUAAUUAUCGAAAAAGAUCUAAAAGUAUGCCACGCACAAGAAACCUCAUUAAAAAUUGGAUUCGAAAAAUGAUGACUCCGCGACGUGAUGGCUUAAAUGUCCGAAACAAUCCAUUAAUUUUUCUUUUUCUCUCACUUCAGUAUCGUGUGGAGUCUAUGAUGCUAAGGAUAGCAAAACCAAUGAACUAUAUUGCAGUUUCUCCCAGCAUCGAACAACGUGGACUGUAAGUUGUGCUAGUAUGUUUAGAGCCGGUUUUAUUACAAAGCUCCUUCAAGUUCCCAAAGUAAUCCUUGAUUGCUCUGUUUGUCUGUCAUUGGUUCAGAAAACUCGCGCCACUUUCUCUACCAAUCAGAUUGAAAACUAAAGACAACCGCGACUUGGUCACCCGCGUUUUCCCGCGCUUUCGGCAGUUGGCUUGUUUUUAGUUCUCAUGGGUUCUUAUGUGUAUUUCCUUUCUUGUUUCGUUUUACAACACUCAAUCGAAAAGCGCUCUGUGAAUAAGGUUUUAACUGUUAGUUAUCCGGUAAGUUUGAUGCAAUCUCUUUUUUUUUAGUAUGCGAGCCCCAGAAACAAUUCCUUUGGUAAUGGAACCGGAAUCCCGAUUCUACAGUGAUCCAGUCCUGGUCCUCGAUUUCCAGUCUCUGUAUCCCUCAAUGGUCAUUGCAUAUAACUAUUGUUUCUCCACCUGUCUUGGGCGAGUCAGUUGUCUGUCGGAGUAAGUAAAAAGUUAGGGAAAACAAGUAUACAAAGUGUUUCAAGAAAUAAAAAAACCACCGAAAAUCGGUAUCUCCUUCGACAACCCGUUGAAAAUUACUAUGUUGACAAAAGUAAUUAAGUACAGUCUGAUUAUGCUUUGCAUAACCAUGAGAUCUUCGCUGUAGUUUUUUUCAGUGUAAUCUUUGUUUUCUACUGAAUAAAGGGGGUAAUGAUUGAAAAAUGACGCGCCUCUGAUGGACUGAAAACGGGUGAAAUGUUCAUGUAACACGAGUGCAAAUUACAAAUAGCGCGCGUGCGGUCAAAAUUUCGUCUGUCUUGACUUUCUGUGAUGCUUUUUCAUGUAAAUAAUUAAUAAGUAAUAACAUCAUUUCUCGUGCAAUUUGGUAUAAAUAAACCCUUGUAAAUUUUUCAAAAUUACAAAUUGCACUCGCCCUACGGCUUAGUGCAAUUUUGUUGUCUUUGAAAAAUUUACUCGUGCUUCUGUACACCAAAUUGCUCUCGAAAUCAUAUUCAACCUCUACUAAAUUUCUUAAGUAACUGUAAUGCUGGGUCAGUGAGGGUGUUACAAAAUAAUUUGGUUCUAUCAACUGAGUUAAUAAUGUAAAUUGCUCACCGUAAAGACAGUCUAGACUUUCUAAGUCUUUACGAUGGCCAAUUUACUUUGUUUUUCGAGGUUCCUUUGCCUUAGGGUAGACUCUGUUGUCGUCGACCACAUUUCUAACCAGUGCAGUAAAAUAAAAAAUACAUUACUAGCAUUGUGAAAUUUGUACUAGAAGGUGCUUCGUUUUUGUUUUUAUUCGAUAGGUACGGUGAAUUCAAGUUUGGUGCCACCUCUUUAUGUGUUCCUCCAAGUCUUCUGAGAGUAAAUAUACCUUGUCUUUUGUGUUGAACUUCGUUGUCCACGAUUUGUUCCCGUUUGUUCUUCUGCCCCUUUUUAGCACUGGAAAAUUUACUGACGUUCUUUUAAAACUUGUCUUCAAUUGUUUUCCUUUUUUUAAGAAACUUGAGGGUGACAUACAUGUCUCUCCAAGUGGUGUCGCUUUUGUCAAAUCUAACAUAAGACGGGGCGUUCUUCCCAGGUAAAUAGCUCGCUUGAAGUCAUUUGCGAACAUUUCCUUAGAUACUCGAAGGCAGGUAAUAAGAAGUCUCAACCUACGACCUCUCUCUUCCUUUAGUAUGUUGGAAGAGAUCCUUGAGACACGAAUCAUGGUGAAGGCGUCAAUGAAGAAAUGGAAAUCAGACAAGGUGAGGGGUUUUCUUUGAGUGCAUUUGGCGUUGGAGAAGUUAAUGUGUUACGCGGUUGUCUCGUUGUCUCAAAAUGCCUUGAACAGACCACAGGCAAAUCAGUGUCGAUUAAAAAGAGAAUUUAUUUUUAUAGCUUGAAUUUCACGAAUAACUGGAUGUGUUUAUCGUCUCUUACGGCGCCACGCCUCAACUUUAGUGUAAUGUAUGAGAGUAGCGUCGAGCGAGUGAAAUCAAGUGAUCUUGAUGUUCUGUUGAUUCUUUGAGAGAAUUUAAUGAAUUUAAUAAAUGUUCUUCUUUCGUUCUCAGGCUCUCGGGCGAAUGUUAGAUGCUCGUCAACUGGGCUUGAAGCUGAUAGCAAAUGUGACGUUUGGGUACACAUCUGCUCAUUUCUCCGGCAGGAUGCCGUGUGUAGAGGUGAGACGAAGGGAGGAAAAAAAAACAAAAAAAGAAAUUAUGAUUACUUUAACAGAAAGAACUAACGCUGACUAAACAACUAUGCGUUGCAAAAUUUAAGAUUUUCUCGAGUCAUUGGAUGGCAUGUUACGCUACUGAGAAUCCUUUGCAACACUAUCAUUUUGAAACUAGUUGGGCUUGAAACUAAAAGUGUGACGGAUGAAUUACUGCUUUGAAGGGUCUCUCGUGAGUGAGUCCUUGGGUAGAAAUGAAGAUGUGUUUGUUAUGCAGGGUUUUCAUUAAAGCCGGCUAUUGGCGGUCUAACACCGCUUAAAAGACCUCUUUAGUUUCGCUUUACGGUCCCUUACCGGGCACAACCGCAUUUUUUACGUAGGGGUUUCGUUAAAGGCGAUUUUAUUAAAGCCGGCUACUGGCGGUCUAUAACAUCUCAUAAGACCUCCUACCACUGUUUAUUCCACGUAAAAGCAGGCUCUCGUGUUUGGGUUUCGCCUUUCCGAGUAAAACCGCCUAGUACAUCAUCGACAGCCGCGUAUGGAAAAUUUAUUGAAAUCACUUGUUAUGAUCGCCGAAAUGAUCAUGCUCUGUAAAAUGUUUACACUUUCAAGAAAGAGAGUACAUAGGGGAAAAGGAAAGGGGAAAUGACGUAGAGAAAAUUGAGUAACGAUUGAGGGACUGAGUGAUCGAGAGAAGAAAAAAGGGAAAGAGGACAAGCGCACCAUGACAAAGAUCAAAAGAAUAGGAACGAAGCCGACUAAACUGAACGUGAGAGCGAGCGAGAAUGUAAGGGGAGGAGCGAGUGAGCGUGGGAGCGAGCGUGGGUGGGAAAUACUCUCGAAAGACUAAAAAGUUUCCAUCGGUAGAUCUAUUUCAAGUCAGUGGUUUUGGUGACCUCAUCGAGGUAAAAAGUCAUCCGCAAAUUUCCACAUAAUCCUUGAUUUGAACUCUACCUUUAUUAAAACUGCUUUCUUCUCCUUUUAGAUUGGUGACAGCAUUGUCCGUAAAGCGCGCGAGACGCUCGAGCGCGCAAUUGACCUCGUGAACAACACUCCUCGCUGGAGCGCGCGUGUCGUGUAUGGAGAUACUGACAGGUGAUAAAGCUGACUGGAACUGAGAUAAACACAUCUCAUUUUAUUUUUUCCCUGAAGCUAAGUUUCUCUUUUAGAACUGUGGCAACAUCCGCCGGAAUUUUUUCAUCAACACUUUCUUGAAAAUAUUUUUGUCCCUCCUCGUUUCUUAACAUCCUCUAGAAUUUUGAGAUAAAAACUUGAAAUGUUUCCAAGUUUGAUUCAAUCUUUUAAUCCAAUUUUAUAUUGUACACACGCUAGUAGUUCAAUUCAUGUGAUGUCCUGACAUUUGCUCGGGCUGCUCUGCAUCAAAGCCAACGCAGCACUGUAGGAUUUCCCUUGAAUUAGCGCACGUUUUUCAAAAUUACGAAAUCGAAUUAAAAAAACGUAUCAUUGUGCAGUGGCCACCUAUGCAGAUUUUUUGCUUCCUAGUGAGCGUGGGAAGUAAACAAAACAAAGACAAUUUUCUACUAAAACGAUCGGGAAAAAAAUUCAAUUUCAAAACAGAGAGGGCGAAGGUGGGUCUGAAAAAAAAAUCGCUGAUUUGGAUCAAACUGUUUGAUUUUUUAGUAGAAGCUAUUAGCACGAAUUGUUUCGGGCUGAAGACGGUGAACUUCGAUAGCGUGAUCACCGCACUUAUCUUCGGAUCGAUGCGCGAUGGCUGGAUAUGAAUUGAGUGAUUUAAUCGUGGAUUUACCGCAUUAAUCGCAUUUCUGUAAAAGUAUUGAUCGAGUGCGUAAGUUAUGGAUUAUUCUAAGAAAGAUAAUGUAUUUGCUUUCUUAAGAUUCCGCACGCAAGAUACUCUUCUUGAAAUAUUAAAGUCCUUUUCCUCUGUCACGUUUUGUAAAUAUUACUUCCAGCUUUCAUAGGAAAUGGUUUUCAAGAGAAGAACUUCCUGAAUGGUUAUUCGAUGCGGGAGAAUUUUAGAAUCAUCAUCGAGACUCUUGAAAUUUUUUCUUGAUAUUCUUCUAAUGAACUCUUAUUUUGAAAAAAUGUUUUUUGGGAAUUCACGCGUAUCCAUUGCGUCAGUUCAAGAAAUAAGCUGGCUGACCGAUGUCUCCUUGCGUCGUUAUUGACUUUUUGAACGGAACGAGAGAGUAACAGAUAAGGUUUAAUGAGAAGAACGUUGUCUUUGUAUGUCCAUUAUGUCUUUGCUGGGAAGAGAAAAAAAGAAAAAAACGUGGGGAAACGUGAAACUAAAAAUCACUUCAUUUUGCGUAGUGUUCCGAACGUGGAGCAAUUUUUCAAAAAUUUCCCUUUUGAAUUUGCGCUGUUUUUGCCUUUGGUGUUGAUGAAGUUUUGAAUGUCGAUAAAAAGCUGUAUGGAUUUUUAGACUGUUGUCCAUUGCGUCCGUACAAGAAAUGUGCCGGUUGCUCGAUGUUUACCUACGUCAUUAUUGACUUUUUAAACGGAACGAGAAAGAAACAGAUAGAGUUUAAUGAGAAGAACGAUGGCUUUCCACAUCCGUAAUGUUUUUGCCGGGGAAAAAAAUAAACGUGGGGAAACGCGAAACGUAAAAUCGCUUUAAUUUGCAUAGUGUUGCGAACGUGAAGCAAUUUUUAAAACUUUCCCUUUUGAAUUUCCGCUGUUUUUGCCUUCUGUGUUGAUGAUGUUUUUAAUGUCGAUAUAAAGCUGUCUGGAGUCAUAGACUGUGGUGAAACAAAAAGAGAUUCCAAAGUAUCUGAGUUACGAAAUGUCACUAGUGAAGGCGACGCCUAAGAAAAAAAGGCGACUUGAAAUGAACUUUUCUUUUCCUUCACAAUUUUGAGAGUUACUUAGAGUUUUUACCUUUUCUAAAGGCGCCAGAUCUCUCCUUUAACACAACAUGUGAAUGCGGUGUUGAGUUCAGUGUCGAAACUUGAAUGAUUUGAUGUCACGACUCCCGUGUUUAGACUUCGCCAAAUUUGAUUUAAGGUUUUGUAUAGUACGGCUAGGAAAUGUAAAGGUUCAAACGUGCGGGCAGAGCUAUUGCUUUACCAUUAUAUCGUCGCGAUUUUCCAUUAGUUCCUUGCGUAGUUUAGUAUGCUCCCUCUCAAAACCGCUCCUCGCGUGUCAGGUCGUAUUGUGGUGGUGGACACGCGCAUGUUGUUGGUUUUAAGUCGACUAAGUCGACGGUUUUAAGCGCUCUUGUUUUAUAAGUGCAUGGCAAAAUGUUAAUAAUUAGAGCCGUUAUUUUACACGAGUUAUCCCAAUACGCUCAGACGUCACAUCGAGAAGGGACAAUUCUAACGUACGCCUUAGAAGAACAAGCCUCUCUCUUUUGGCUGCUCUUCGUCUACCUUUAUUGGUAUCAAAAUAUUGAAUAUGAUCACUUUUUCGGGCAUUGUGGCGCAUUUUUUGGGCUAAAAUAGAGAUAUUAGCGGGUUAAAAUGUAUUUUAUUUCACUUGCACGUUUACGAGAUCGUUCAGACUGGUUCAGUUUUUAUUUUUUCAAUGCCUUUUAAAGUGAUGAUGAUAAUAAGACAGUUUGUGUUCUUGGGCAUUUAUGAAUUUUAGGCCCUUCUCAGAGUUAUUUUAAAUCUCGCCUGGCAGCAAGGGCUAACGUGAUUCGGACUCGAGUCCAAAACAUACUUGUGCUCGCAAACAUAUACUCUAUUGUUGUAUGACCAUCUUUGAAAUCAAUGACUUAAGAAAUUAUUUUAACAGCGAAGUGGAUUUGUGAGUGUGUAUACAAGCGUACGUAUGUAUUUUGCCUGCAAAGUUUUGGCGGUAAGCUGGGUUUUACCGCCAAAAAUAUUAACAAUAUCGUGAAAAAAAAAUGAACACUGCAAUAUUUCUGAUGUUCUCUUUCAGCUUGUUUGUAUUGCUCAAAGGCGCAACCAAAGAACAAGCUUUCAAUAUUGGUAAAGACAUUGUGGAUACCGUCACAGCCAUGAACCCUAAACCAGUUAAACUCAAGUUUGAAAAGGUGUGACGUUCUCGAUAUUGGCAGGGUUAAAAUACUUGUAUAGUAAAUUUAGGCUGCAACUUCUUUGAUUGACAAGUGCUGAUCCUUUAAAUGGUUUUGAAUUUGGAGAUGCGGUGGCUCCAUGAUUUGUGCGCUGGACCCUGGAUUAAGAGGUCUGGGUUCGAACGCGGGUCGGGGAAUUUUUUUUUUUUCCCGCGAAAGAGUUCACUCUCAAAAUAACUGUGAGCUCUCAGGGGAACCUUCAGUUUAUCUGAAGAGAGUGAUUGGUAACUUUUUUGUGUGUGUGAGUUCCCUUAGAAUGUUCCUCGGCAUGAGCUAAAACUCCUUGAUUCAUUCAUUACAGUUAACCUUUACACCCCGAUAUCAGAAUGCAUAUUCUCUUAACUGUUCUUUGUGCAUAUGCCAAGGUGCUGACAAGGAGAAUUUGUUUCACAAUCAAGAGCUUCUUAAGUUAAUGAUCAUUUCCUUUGUUCUCUCGACCUUAGUGAGUAAUUCAGGGGUGAUAUCGAAGGGAGAAGACAUGUGUUGAUCACUCUAAGGAGUAAAGGGGUUAAAAGUGAAUUCCGACGGAAUCUCUUGAAGCCAAAUCCAAAUUUAUCACAACGACCAAUCGUGAUAAUGAAGCAGAACCACGGGUUACCCAUAAUACAUUUGGCACUCAAACUUUUUGCGCGAAAAGUUUUUAUUGAUUAUUGGUAUAUCGAAUGCCUGUCAUCAUACAAGAAAGCUUGCAUCAAAUUAUUUCCGUUUUAACUCUGUGAUAUCUUUUUAGGUUUAUCUGCCUUGUGUGUUACAGACGAAGAAGCGUUACGUUGGAUACAUGUACGAAACACUUGAUCAGAAGGAACCCGUGUUUGAUGCUAAAGGGAUUGAGACUGUACGAAGAGACUCAAUUCCCGCAGUGGCAAAGGUUCGCUAUCAGCUUGAAUGACUUGUUUAUUCAUAAUUUACUUUUGAAUCGCUAUCAUAUAUCAUAUUUUGGCGUUUUACUUUGACCACUAGAUUCUCGAAAAGUCGCUGCGAAUUUUGUUUGAAACGCGUGACCUGUCCUUGAUCAAGAAGUAUGUCCAGCGGCAGUGCACAAAGUUAAUGGAGGGACGUGUUAGUCUCCAGGACUUCACUUUCGCCAAAGAAUACCGCGGCAUGAAAAGCUAUAAACCUGGUGCAUGCGUGCCAGCUCUGGAACUCACGAGGUAAAGUCGAAUGGAGACUGAGGAGAGAGUCAAAACGGGGAGUUUGAUUUACUUCGGGGAAAUGCUGAAAAUAUGAAUCUAAUUGCUUUGUCGUAGGCUUUCAUUCAGUAAUCAAUAAAUGCUGAAGGGAUAUUAAUAGCUUCGGUCGUAACUUUCAUUAACUAACUUUGAUUGUCUGAUUUAAAAGGCGCUUGCUUAGAGAGGACCGCAGAUCGGAGCCAAGAGUAAGAGAAAGAGUCCCAUAUGUAGUGGUGUAUGGAAGUCCAGGAUUACCAUUGAUUCAACUUGUAAGACGGUUAGUGAAUGUUACCUUGGAGAAUUACUAAAUUGACGGCACAAACUUCAACGUAAUUCCAAAAUGAAUUUCUUCAACGAGCAUACGAAUUGGAAUCCAACUGGUCAUUUCCAUUCAUCUAUACACCGUCAGGGUGUGGAGAACUUACACUCCACUCGCUUUAAGGAAAGGAACACAAGCUUGUCUUCCGAUGCAACCCCUUAAAUUCCAAAAUAUUUAGCCGUGGUAAACAUCAUGCAGAAGCUACGUUUGAGCAAGUGGAUUCUAAGCUUUUGGUAAAUGACAGCCCCCCACCUGGUCAGCUCAGUUUAAAGAGCGCGGAACUGCAGUGCAGUAGGGCGAGGGUUCAAUUCCAGACCAGACCAAUACUCAAAAUCUUAAAAUAACGGAGGAGAAUGGGUAAUUCUCUUUACUGUCUGUCAUAUAGUUAUCGUGACGUUAGUUUAGAGAAUUUGGUAUUGGAUCAACUAAUAAUUCCCUGAUUAAUAUUUUUCUUUAUUCUCAUUACUUGUCUUGAUAUUGUGUCGAUAUUGUAAGGAGAAAUUCUUUCUUGGUCACUCAUGGUAGUUAAAAGGUUAAAGAACGCACGCUCUUCUUUGAAAGAGUAAAGAACGUAACUCCUCAUGUUACGGUCUGGCCUCGUUUCCAAAACUUCCCAAUUAGGGAAAUCUGCAAAAUUCCCUCGCAAAAAUUGUAAAUCCUUCAAUUCAGUCUGGCCAAAGUCCCCCGCAAAGUGUUAUAAAUCGCAUUAGAGCAAAUUACUAUGGAUAAUGCGCCAUAUAGUUGCAUCUUUACCACUAUCAAUAUCUAUUACGCUUAAUUUAUCAGGAUAACCCAUAUUUGGACGAACUAAUAAUCAUCUCGGCUCCAAAGUGAAUUGAAUAAACUAAUCUAAUUAAGUAUAACCAAGCCCAGCCCAGGCUUGCCCGUCACGUGCCACCUAACCAUCCACCCGUACCCCCAAUUCAUUCAUCGCCUGACAUGUUCUCAAUAAUUCUCUUGUCCCCAGACCUCAUGAAGUUCUCCAGGAUCCAGGCCUUCGGUUAAACGCGUCCUAUUACAUCACCAAACAGAUCCUACCACCGCUCAAUCGCGUUUUCUCUCUCAUUGGCCUAGACGUGUUCACAUGGUACGUGCAGCGUCAUUUGUUAUUAACUAUUUAGCCGCAGGAAGGGAUUUAACUUGGGUUUCUACUUUUGCGAUGGCACCUGUAUAGCCACUCAGAGAGCAGGGGGGAGGGGGGGAGGUGCACUAGCAAUACUUCCCUGUUCCUGUUGUCCGGUCCAGCUUGGUUAAAUUCCCCCUUCCCUCUCCUACAGCUUAACUUACUAUCCCUGAAUUUUCUUUAAUAGAAAAUUUCAGUGACAUAAAAAAGUAACUGAAGAGAUCCUAAUACAUUCUGAUUAUGUCUUGUUGUUCUUAAUCUCUGUGAAAUGAUGUGGGAAUUAUCUUUUGAAAUGGCAGAUAUCGCUUUCUCUACGUUAAAAAUUGAAAAUAGAAACAGAACUUGCUGAAUAAUGUUAGAAGUGAAUCAUUCAGUUUCUAAUUUGUGUUCCUGCUUACAAAGAAAAAAACUGAGUUUAUUUGAAAUUAUUUAGGUACGCGGAGCUCCCACGUGUCGUACGGGUGGCGCAGAUGCCUUCGGAUCCAGGAGAAAGAAAAAAGGUUUCUUUCCUUGACAUUAUAUUCUUAGUACUCUAAUGUCAUGAAGAAACAGUCAAGGAUUUGCUGUUUCUCACAUACAAGCCAUUUAUUUCAUCUCGACUAGCUUCAUUUUAGGUAAGUCUUGUUUAACCCUCUCUCACACGGCAUUUUGUCUAUUAAGGGCACUAUUUCUCAAUACUUUUCAACAAUGGCAUGCCCGGUUUGUCAAGACCUUACUCCAACUGAUCUGUGCGCCAAAUGUCGAGGUAUGUCCCAGAAGUCAGCGGUUAUACUGACCACCCGCAUGCACCGCUGGGAACGAACGUAUCAACACCUAGCAGAGGUAAGCUGCCAAGAUUGUUGUCACGUGGCAUGUUCACUAUGUCAAUCAGAGAUAACGCAAUUUUCUAAUUUUUUUAUUUAUUUCUCAGAUUUGUUACGGCUGUUCUGGUUCUCGUGAUACCAAGUUACGUUGUGUGUCUUUGGACUGCCCGGUAUUUUACAAGCUCGUGCAAUGUACACGUGACCUGAGGUCAUCUGAACAUUUCAGGAAGAUCCUUGACAGUUUGUAACAACAAGAAGACCCCGACAACAACUGGCAUGAGCCCACAAGGAAGAAAGCUGGAUCGACGAUGACGACAGCAAAAAGGAUUUACUGCAUCCCGUGUGGGGAUGGGUGAUAUUUUAGUGAGAACACCCGCUUACGAAUCGUUGCUUGUCUCUGUUGAGUUUCAAAUGGCACGAACUGUAAUCUAAUUUUUUUUUCAGUCAAGAAACUGUGGUUGAUUUAGGGAAGACUGACAACAGCAAUGAUUACGAUGCUAAUGAUAAAUGUUAAUGAAGUAUGAUUGUGUUAAUAAGAUGAAACUAUUUUUCGACAGUUGUUUUUCCAAACAUGAAAAUGACUCAAACUCACAUAGGGGAACUUAAGAAACAUAUAGAAAUAAAAUAAUAUUCCGAG